AUGGCCACCCGCCGCGGCGUCGGUCUAGGCGCCUUCGCCAAUCGCACGCAAACCAGCCAAUCCUACGCGACGCACGGGGCGAACCUCCGCUCCGCGCACCUGGCCUCCCUGCAGACGCAACUCUCCGUCUUCCAGUCCCUACUCCACACCUUCGCCGUCGAACACGGCUCGAAGAUCAAAUCGAACCCGACCUUCCGGGCCGAGUUCGCCCGGAUGUGCAACGCGAUCGGGGUCGACCCGCUGGCCGGGAGCAAUAUCAGGGGCGGCAACAAGAACUCCUCCCGCAAAGGCUCCUCCGGCGAGAACGCCAGCUUCUGGACGCAGAUCAUGGGCGGCGACAUGAACGACUUCUACUUCGAGGUGGCGGUGCGGGUGGUGGAGCUCUGCCGCGAGACGCGGAGCGAGAACGGGGGUCUGAUCGGGGUGGAGGAGUGCCGUCGGCGAGUCGGCAAAGGCAGGGCGAUCGGGAGUGGGUUGGAGGUUACCGAUGACGAUGUCCUCCGUGCGGUCCAGUCCCUGGAGCCGCUGGGCUCGGGCCUGGCCAUCAUUCGUGUCGGGAGCAAACAAUAUAUCCGGUCGGUCCCCAAGGAACUCAACACGGAUCAGGCCACCGUUCUGGAGGUGAUCCAGGUCCUGGGCUACGUGAGCAUCUCCAUGUUGCGGGUCAACUUGAAGUGGGAGAAGGCGCGAGCGCAGACGGUGGUCGAUGAUCUGCUCGCUGACGGGCUUGUUUGGCUGGAUGCCCAAGGCGAAGAGAACGAGUAUUGGUCGCCACAGAAUCUGCUAGACGAUAGUGGCUGA